CGGUUCCGCGGCCGCAGGCGCAGGCCCGGCAGACAGCCGAGACGCGGGGCGCGCCGCCCGCGGCAGCUCCGGGACUCAACAUGCGCCGCUCGGCGGGAGGCGUCUGGCUGGCGCUGGCCGCGUCGCUCCUGCACGUGUCCCUGCAAGGCGAGUUCCAGAGGAAGCUCUACAAGGAGCUGGUAAAGAACUACAACCCCUUGGAGAGGCCCGUGGCCAACGACUCGCAGCCGCUCACUGUCUACUUCUCCCUGAGCCUCCUGCAGAUCAUGGACGUGGAUGAGAAGAACCAAGUUUUAACCACCAAUAUUUGGCUGCAGAUGUCUUGGACAGAUCACUAUUUGCAAUGGAAUAUGUCAGAAUAUCCGGGCGUGACGACUGUUCGUUUCCCAGAUGGCCAGAUUUGGAAACCAGACAUUCUUCUCUAUAACAGUGCUGACGAGCGAUUUGACGCCACGUUCCACACCAAUGUCUUGGUGAAUUCUUCUGGGCACUGCCAGUACCUCCCCCCAGGCAUAUUCAAGAGCUCCUGCUACAUCGACGUGCGCUGGUUUCCCUUUGAUAUGCAGCAGUGCAAACUGAAGUUUGGGUCCUGGUCUUACGGAGGCUGGUCGUUGGAUCUGCAGAUGCAGGAGGCAGAUAUCAGUAGCUACAUCCCAAAUGGAGAGUGGGACCUCGUGGGGAUCCCCGGAAAGAGGAAUGAGAAGUUCUAUGAGUGCUGCAAAGAGCCGUACCCAGACGUCACCUUCACGGUGACCAUGCGCCGCAGGACCCUCUACUAUGGCCUCAACCUGCUCAUCCCCUGUGUGCUCAUCUCCGCCCUCGCCCUGCUGGUGUUCCUGCUCCCUGCAGACUCCGGGGAGAAGAUCUCCCUGGGGAUAACGGUUUUGCUCUCUCUCACUGUCUUCAUGCUGCUUGUGGCUGAGAUCAUGCCAGCAACAUCUGAUUCCGUGCCAUUGAUAGCCCAGUACUUCGCCAGCACCAUGAUCAUCGUGGGCCUCUCUGUGGUGGUGACAGUGAUUGUGCUGCAGUACCACCACCACGACCCUGACGGGGGCAAGAUGCCCAAGUGGACCAGAGUCAUCCUUCUGAACUGGUGUGCAUGGUUUCUGCGCAUGAAGCGGCCCGGGGAAGACAAGGUCCGCCCAGCGUGCCAACACAAGCAGCGCCGCUGCAGCCUGGCCAGUGUGGAGAUGAGCGCCAUGGCGGCGCCGCCAGCCAGCAACGGGAACCUGCUGUACAUUGGCUUCCGAGGCCUGGAUGGCAUGCACUGUGCCCCGACCCCUGACUCUGGGGUUGUGUGCGGCCGCAUGGCCUGCUCCCCCACACAUGAUGAGCACCUCCUACACGGUGGGCAUCCCCCUGAGGGCGACCCGGACCUGGCCAAGAUCCUGGAGGAGGUCCGCUACAUUGCCAACCGCUUCCGCUGCCAGGAUGAGAGCGAGGCGGUCUGCAGCGAGUGGAAGUUCGCAGCUUGUGUGGUGGACCGUCUGUGCCUCAUGGCCUUCUCCGUCUUCACCAUCAUCUGCACCAUCGGUAUCCUGAUGUCCGCUCCAAACUUUGUCGAGGCUGUGUCCAAAGACUUCGCAUAACUUCACCUGGUUCUGGAUGUGUGAGAAACACAUAGAUAGGCAGAUUCUCUUUGGCUUGGUGAGAAUUUGGGGUGCUAAUCCCUCAGCAGCAUUAAAGUCCGCAAUUCCAAUGUACCUUGUAGCUGUCAAUCAUGUUGGUUAUGGUUUCCUUGUUACUUUAGGUAAUAGGAUCCCAGCACCUUUCUGUUUAAUCCUCUUAGAUGGGCUAAUCCAUACCUCAUCCUCAUGGUUGGUCAGCAGGGCCACUGACAGGUCGGUUGUUUUGCCCAUUUGUCCGCUUCCUGGAGAGCCCUUCAGAGAGGUCCUGGUAGCUCCUGACUGCUAGGGGAAGCCUGUACAUUUGGUUUUGCAUGCCUGCAUGUCACUCGCCAUGAAGGUCUACAUGAAAAUUCAACCUAUGCUUUUGCCUGUGUACAAACCUAGAUUGAAACUAAUAAUAAUAAUAAUAAAUCAAACUCACUAAAUCCAUUCAAAUAAUUGACUGGUGAAAGGAAAACAAA